AUGAUUUUAUUUUAUUAAAUUCAAGUAAUUAUUGGUUGUGUUUUGCAAUCCUAAUAGUAGAAAGAAUUAAGUUUGUAUCCAACUGUUGGAGAAUAUUUAGAAUGUUCUUUAAGCAAGUUUUUCAUGGGAGAGAAUCUAAUUUAUAAUUAUGAGCCUGUUAUACCUAAUGUUUAGGUUGUAAAUGCAAUAACAAAAUAAACUUAAAUAGAAGGACAUGGUAUGGAUAAAAAUAAAGUAAUUUAGAUUUUAAGUCAUUAUCAUCUAAUCAGACUCAUUUUGCUACAAUAACUUAGGAAAAUAAUGUGAUCCUAUAUAAAUGGUAAAAUUUUUCCAUUCAUUAAAAUGAAUAAAUAUUUACUAUUAAAGAAAGCUAUCACUGUAAUAAUAUCAUUUUGUUUACUGAUAUUGAUAUAUUGCUUGAUUGUUAUGCAGAAUAAAAUUUUUAUUUAUUUAAACUAAUAAAUAAUAACUUAAUUGUAGUUUAUACAAUAGAAGCAAAAGAGCCUAUUAAAACAAAAAUGUACUAAAUUUUUGAUUAAUCAAAGACUUUCUUAAUUUAUGCUUAGUAUUAUUACAAUUAAUCUAUCCUUACUUUAUUUUCAUCUCAAUUUUAAAAUUUAACAUCCUUGUAAAGCUAAUUCAUUCAAAUAAGUAUACCUUUAAGAGAAAACCCAAAUAUAUAUAUACUUUUCUAAUAAUCAAUAUCUUAAUUAAGUAUUACUCAAAAUUAUACUUUUGAAUUGACAGCUUAAUAUCAUAGUGAACUCAUUUAUAAAUUAUUUCAAGUUUACUACAAUUACUAGACCUCAUCUUAAUGUGACUAAUUAGAUGUUUUAGUGUAGGGUGAGGAGUAAAAUUAUGUAUCUUUUUAGUUCUAAGGUUGCUAGAAUUUAAUAGUUCUUGAAAAUGUUAUUUCAUAUAAUAGUAAAAAAUUAAAUUCAUUGAAUUUUGUAUUUUUGAAUAAAGAUUUUGUUCUACUUUAAUCAUAAAGGUAUAUUACAAUUUACUAACAAGUUGAUGGUGAAAAUUCUAUUGGAGAAAUUUCAAUUAAUAAAAAUACUUAAAUAUAUUUGAAUACUGAAAAUAAUUAUUUAUUUUCAUUUGAUAAAAAAAUUAUCAUUUAUUAAUUAAAUUAUCCAUAACUCUAAAUUAAUCUAACAACUUAAAAUAUUUCUGGAAAUAGCUAUCAGAUUGUAGUUUAUGGUUAGUUAACAAAUAUAACUUUUAAAGACUCUUGUAAGAUGUAUAUAUCACUUUCAAUAUUAAACUAAUCUGAUACGAAUAUAUAUGUAAUGUUCAAUUAAAAUUUUCCUUAAUAUGAGCCGUUUUCAAGUCCAAAUAUCAAUGAAUUUGUUUUUGUUGGCUAUUCAGGAUAAUUAUUGUCAUUUAUUCCUAAUACAGACAAUGCAUAAUUUGGAAAGUUUAAAAAAAAUACUUUUCAAAAAGUAUUUCAAUUUAUAAAUCAAAAUUUUGUAUUGGCAUAGUUAUUGUAUCCAAUUUAUUUCUUAAACAAUUCAUAUGAUUUAUAUACAUAUUUUAUUGGAAUAAAUGAUGUAUCAAUACAAAUUUUGAAUUACAGUCAAGAAACUUCAUUAAAUUUAGUGAAGACUAUUAAGGCUUCUAUAAAUGCUUAGUAAUUAUAAGUUGCUUAUAGCAUGUAUUCAACAAUUAUAAUUGGAGUGAGUGAAAAUGAUACCAUCUAUCUUUAUUAAUUAAAAUUAAAUGGUUCUUUAGAAACCUCAAAUUAUCAAUUUAAAUAAUAAUUUUCUGAGUUUUUAGUUACUUAUAGUCAUUUAAUCACUCUAUUAUCAAAAAAACUAAUUUAUAUAAUGAAUUUAAAUUUAACGAAUUUAGUUAUAAUAAAUGAAAAGAUGAUACAUUAAUUAGUAAAAACUGAAGGCUUAUUGUAAUUUAAUCCAAUUUAAAUAGCUGUUAAUACCUAAUCAUUAUCAUCAUGCUUAUUUAUUAAUAAUAUUCAUAAUAUUAUUAUUCUUGCUAUAAGUUACAAUAAUACACCAAUUCCAAUAUCAAUCAUAGAAUUGAAUUUCAUAAUAUACUAAAUGAAUAUUGUCGGAUAACAUUUAGUUUUAUCAUAUGUUUGCAAGUAGGGUCUUGAUUUUUGCUUUUAAGUUUGGAAUAUUCAAAAUGUAAGAUAACCAUAUUUUGUAAGAAAUAUGAUGAGUAUAAAUUACAAUAAGAAAGUAAAAAUACAAUCAGAUAAUCUAUUUUUCUAUGUUACACUUUCAAAUUAUACUGUGUAUGUUUAUAAUCCUUCAUUACCAUAAUAAAUGAACUUAUAUUACUUACUUGAAUUUACUUCACCAUUAAUAUGUAGUGUUUAGCAAUCUACAAACUCAUUAAUUUAUAAUAAUGAUAGCAUAUAUAGAUUAUCUAUUUAUCAAGGUGUUCAGUUUUAUGUAAACCAAUCCUUAGACUUUGAUCGCUUUUAUCCAUCUAUUAUUUAUAAUUAUACAGUUACCUCAUUAUUAAAUUAAACUGCUAUUUAAUAUACUCCAAAUUAAAGUUUGACAUAUUAAUCAAAUUUCACCAUUUUUUAACCUCAAAUUAAUAAUACAAUAAUUUUAAAUACAUAUGAUUUAAAUUUAAAAGAUCAAACUUUCACAAUCCAAAUGAAUUUAAUACUUAAUAGACAAGCUGAUGUUUGCUAUUUCCCUAAUAAUUCUUUUUACAAUUCUUACUACUCUAACAAUCGUUGCAAUUUAACAAACUUUAAUUACAAAAUAUAAAUAACUGAAAAUAUCAAAAACUACACUCUAAUAACCACAAUUAAUAAUUAAUUAUUAAUUCUCUAGAACAACAAUCAAAUUUAAGUUUUAAAUUAAUACCUGGAAUUUCUUUCACAAUACGAUUAUUCAAAUUUAAAUUUUAUUGAGUGUUUAAAAUCAACAUCUUCGUCUUUGACUUUAUCUUCUAUAUGCUAAAAUAAAUCUGCAUAAUAUUGGAUAAGCAUUUCUUUUGAUAAUGAAGGAAAUGUUAUUGAAUUUAAUUUAUCUGCUAUUCCUAGUAGAUUCAUUAACAUUUCUAAAAUUAACAACAUUUUAAAUCUUAAUUUUAUUUUAGGUUCUUAAGUGUAAUUUAAAUAGAAUUUGUAUUUAUUUAAUAUAUAAAAUAACAGCAUAGAACUACUUUAUGAUAUUGAUUAUAUUGGUGAUUUCAAUUGCUAAGAUUUUUCUGUUGCGCUUUUUAAUUUUGCUAAAGAUUUCAAUAAAUAGAAUAAAAUUAUUAUCUUAUAUAUAAUUGAUUCCUAACCUUACUCUCAAUAUUUAUAUAUUAAUGAGGAUUCAAUUAUAAUAUAACCAAUUUAAGAAAUUCUAUGGAUUUAUGAUUCCGUAUUUUUUUUACAAGUCUUGAUUUUGGAAAUUAUAAAGAAUAAAUUAUUUGUUCUAUUAACUAAUAUUGAAGGAUUCGGAUAAUUAUAUGUUUUUCGUUUGUCAAUGACAAAUCUGAACUUGCAAAUUUAAGAUGUUUUAACAAGCAUUCCACUUUAUGGCAAUUUCUAAUUAAUUUCAAAUUCUAUCUAUUAAAAUGGUUUACUUUUGCAAUAAUUUCAAUAAGGAAAUAGCUACUUAAUUGGUGUUUAUUAAAUGAGUGAUUUUUUAGACUAAAGCUACAAUAUACCUAUUUUAAUGUUAGGAUCAUAAUAAACUACAUCACUUGAAUAUGCAUUGAUUGUAAAUUAAAAUUUUGAAAACGCUACAUGCCUUUUUAUUCUUAAUGGAUCGAUUUGGAACUAUCCUAUAAAUACUAAAACAUUAACUUGUCAUUAUAUGAAACGAAAAAAAAUAGUUUAAGUUAAUGUUAUAUGCCAAAAUGAAUUUUCUUUAGGAAAUUAUCAAUUAACCUUUAUACUUCCUGCAUUAGAAAAAUCAAGAAAAGGAUGGAUUUAUCAAUUAUUAAUUAUUAUUGUUUGUUUAUUAAUUUUCUUUUACAUUUUAGUUAAAAAUCGAUUGAAAAAAUUUCCAAAUAUCAAUGCUUAUAUAUAAAUAGAAUUUUGA